AUGGUACCAGAGCCUAAUCUCCUCACGGAAUUGCAUCAUGUCAUCCUCCUCCUCCGCCAAAACUCCUACCUCGCCGCCCUAGGGUUUAUGCCAGUCGGCGAAAAGCUGACCCGCUCCAAUUUUCCACUAUGGCGUGCCCAGGUCAUGUCCUCCAUCAGAGGUGCCGAGGUUUAUGACUUCAUCUGCCCUGGAGCACAGCCGCCACCCAAGUUUUUACCCAAGAAAGAAGGAGAGGAUGACAAGGUGCCGCCGAUCCCCAACAAAGAACAUGCUGCGUGGGUAGCCAAGGAUCAACAACUCCUGAGUUACCUCCUCGUCUCCCUGUCCAAGGAAGUUCUGCAGCAGGUUUCUUCCACCAAAACUGCUGUGGAGGCUUGGACCGGCAUCGAGACGUUCUUCGCCUCCCACUCGCGGGCGAAGCUGAUCAGCGCGAGGAUGGCCUUGGCAACUGCGUCCAAAGGCACAUCCACGGUAGCUGAGUACUACUCCAAGAUGAAAACCCUAGCUGACGAGAUGGCAUCAGCGGGGCGUCGCCUUGAUGACGACGAGAUCGUGAUGUACAUGCUGACCGGCCUCGACGACGACUUUGACGCCGUGGUGACGGCAGUGGCUGCAAGAGUCGAACCAAUUACGCCCGGUGAGCUUUACACACAGCUUAUUAGUCACGAACAAAGAAUUGAGAUGCGCAGCGGUGGCUCCCAAUUGUCUGAAAACCUCGCCGCGCGUGGUGGUCGUGGCGGCAACAACCACAAGGGCAGCAACACUGGAUCUGGAUCUGGCGGAUCCGGGUUUGGUGGUGGCGGCAAGAACCAGAAAGGGUGGUACAACAACAACAACUCCAACAACCGUGCACCUUUCCAGGCCGGCCUCAUUUGCCAAGUCUGCGGGAAGGAAGGACACCCUGCGUACCGCUGCUUCAAGAGGUUCAACCGCUCCGUCACCGGACCACCCCAGAAAUUUGCUUCAGCUGCUACAUCUUCCUAUGGAGUAGAUACCAAUUGGUAUAUGGACUCCGGAGCUACAGACCACAUUACCUCCGAGCUGGACAAACUGUCUGUGCGGGAUAGGUAUCACGGUGGUGAUCAUGUGCACGCCGCAAAUGGAUCACGUAUGAAGAUUUCACAUGUUGGUCAUAGUAUAGUGCAGUCCCCAUCACAUUCAAUUCAUUUGAAAAAUAUACUUCAUGUUCCUGAUAAAAGCUUAGUGUCAGUUAAUCGUCUCACCAGAGACAAUAAUGUAUAUGUUGAAUUUCAUUCUGACAAGUUCUUUGUAAAGGAGGCGGAUACAGGUGUUGAUUCCACUGAAAACAGCAGUAAAAAUGCUGCAAAACCUGCACCGGUGCAUCGGCAUUUCAUGUGCCGCGGUGUGGGGAGCAGCUCGCGAUCCCAGGCUGAUUCUCCUGGUCCUGGCGGUGAAUCUGUCGCGCCAUCAUCUUCGGGAUCUGCUCCUGCGUCAGACGGCGGCAGGGCUCCAGGAUCCUCUACGCCUAGGGCUCAUCAGGUUGCUGAUCCAGAGCCAGUCCAUGUUGCUACACCGGAUCCGGCCCAUGGUGGCACACCUGAGCCUGAGGUGGAUACGUCUGGGAUCGGAUCUCCUGCGGCUGCUGGAUCCGGUGACCUAGAUGGUGCAGCUGCUGCACGUCCUACAACUUGUCUACAACAUGGCAUCGUGAAGCCCAAGCAGUACACCGAUGGCACUGUUCGAUGGUGUAUGCUAGCCAGUUCUGAGGCUGAGGAGCCAGUUACUGUUUCUGAUGCUCUUCGUGACACCCGUUGGAUUGCAGCUAUGGAUAAUGAAUAUGUUGCCUUACAAAAGAACAAAACAUGGCGUCUCGUGCCACCUCCCAAAAGAAAGAACAUUAUUGAUUGCAAAUGGGUCUACAAGGUGAAAAGAAAAACAGAUGGGUCUGUUGAUCGCUACAAAGCACGCCUUGUUGCCAAAGGGUUCAAGCAGCGAUAUGGUAUUGAUUAUGAAGACACUUUCAGUCCAGUGGUCAAAGCAGCUACGAUUCGUUUGAUUCUCUCCGUUGUUGUGACCAAGGGGUGGUCUCUACGCCAGCUUGAUGUACAAAAUGCCUUCCUUCAUGGCGUUCUAGAUGAAGAGGUGUACAUGAGGCAACCACCAGGGUAUGAAGACAAGCGUCAUCCACAGUUUGUGUGCAAACUGGACAAGGCGUUAUAUGGGUUGAAACAGGCGCCACGUGCUUGGUACGCUCGCCUCUACUCCAAACUCCCUUCUCUUGGAUUUCGUGCUUCAAAAUCAGACACCUCAUUGUUCUUCUAUAAUAAAAGAAAUCAAAGUAUUUUUGUUCUUGUUUAUGUCGAUGACAUCAUUGUAGCAAGUUCUUCUUUGGAAGGCACAAAAACUUUACUUGCAGAUUUAGAAAAAGAUUUUGCGUUGAAGGAUCUUGGUGAUCUUCAUUACUUCUUAGGGAUAGAAGUAAAGAAACUCUCAGCUGGGUUGCUUCUCUCCCAACAGUGGUAUGCUACAGAUAUUCUGACAAGAACUGGAAUGAAUAAGUGUAAGGCUGUUGACACACCGUUGAUGAGUACAGAGAAGUUGAGUGCCUAUGAAGGAGAUCCUCUAGGACCCGAAGACUGUACAAAGUUCAGAAGUGUGGUAGGUGCUUUGCAAUACUUGACACUCACAAGACCUGAUCUAAGCUUUGCGGUGAAUAAGAUUGUGGUGCGACAAUUUAGGGGCCACCUACUUGUCAGCUAA